UAGAUAACAUGCUUAAACCCGGUUUAAACGCUCUGCCUCUUUUUUAAAAAUUAUUAUUAUUAUUGUUUUUUUUACAUUGUUAUUAAGUCAAUGGAUCAUUUCAACAUAGAAAACUCAUGAGGUAAAUCUAGAGUUAACCCACUAGCCUGUAACGAAAUUACACAGAUAAAUAUAAUAUGUAAGAAAUAUGAAGUCGAAAGGCUUUAUUAACUGUCGGGUUUUGAUAUGAUAUGUGUUGUACACAGACUGCGAUCUAAACUUCAGAGAGAACGGGAGGAAACUCAGCACCACGGACAGCUUCUCUCUCUCUCGCUCUCUCUCUCUCUCUCUCUCUCUCCAUCUCUCUCUCCCUGUCCGUCUCUCUCCCUCUCUCUCUCUUCCGGGCGCACACUCGGCAGCUGGCUGCGAUACAGCUCCUCCCUCCUGUGUGGUGGCUUUCCCGACCAAAGAUCCUUGGACGUGAACAGUUUCGUUGAAGAGCACCCCCUCCCUCCCUCCCCCCCAAACAACCAGACGGACAAUCGAGGCGCCAGUUAUUCCAUAUCGACCUGAGAGAAGGGAGUUAAGGUGUCGGAUAAGGUCUCUAACGGUCCUUUUUUACCCCCCCCCCCCAAAUCUCUGUCAGCGAUGGAGACUUGGGCUGGCUUCUGCCCAGGUUUGCACUUAUCUCUGGGUAUCUGGGUGAUGAUAGCCGCUCUUACCCUGCAAAAUGCCAAGGCGGAGAUAACUUGCGCAUCUUGCCCGUCGCCAGUUCAACUUCACCUGGAAAAAUUACAGCUGGGGAUGCGCACUGACCCGACAGAGGAACCGAGCACCCUAAAAAACAUCCGAGUAGAGUUUAAGGAACUCGGGUUUACCGACCAAAAUACUGGAGUGGACGACUACCACGAGACAGGCUUUUUUGUCGAGGAUGUCCCCCUGUUCCCCCAAGAUGUCAGUUUGGAUGGAGUUACUACAAAGGAAGAUACACCAGGGUCCAGCGAAGAAAGUCACCGCGGCAGUGUUAAAAGGGAAAGGGAGCCCGAGAUGGGUGAGGAUGCUGCGCUCCGGAGAGCGAAGAGAAGCGGUCCUGAGUUUACCGAGUUCAGCGAGACGAGAUGGACCGGCCGGACUGGCGUGGAUGCGGGCGCUCCGGAGAGUCGGGGCUCGUUGUUAGACGGACAGAAGCAGGGCAGGUCCGACUUCAGAUGGAACAGGGACGAAGGGAAAGGAAAUACCCGGCAGGAUGAUCCCAAGCUCACCAGCAACACUUUCGCUCUGACUGGGGACUCUGCACACAACCACGCGGUGGUCUACUGGUCUGGACAAAACAGCAGCGUGAUCCUGAUUUUAACCAAGCUGUAUGACUUUCACAUUGGCAGCGUCACUGAGAGCACUCUCUGGAGAUCUACUGACUACGGAUCCACAUAUGAGAGAAUGAAUGACAAAGUGGGAUCCAAGACUGUCCUCAGUUACCUCUACGUCUGUCCAACUAACAAGAGAAAGAUUAUGGUGCUGACAGACCCGGAGUUUGAGAGCAGCGUGCUCAUCAGCUCUGAUGAGGGAGCCAGUUACCAGAAGUACCGCCUCACUUUCUACGUCCUCAGCCUUUUAUUCCACCCCACUGAAGAGGACUGGGCCUUGGCCUACAGUCACGACCAGAAGUUAUACAGCUCGGUGGACUUUGGAAGAAAAUGGCAGCUCAUCCAUGAACAUGUCACGCCGAACAGAUUCUACUGGUCUGUCUCGGGCCUAGACAAGGAGCCGGAUCUGGUACACAUGGAGGCUCACACACCAGAUGGAAAUGUGCAGUAUGUCACGUGCAAAGCUCAGAUGUGCACAGAAGCUAACAGGAACUACCCAUUCCCGGGAUACGUAGACAUCAGCUCUUUGGUGGUUCAAGACGACUACAUAUUCAUACAGGUUCCUACAUUAGGACGAGCCACCUAUUAUGUGUCCUACAAGAGAGACUCAUUUAUACAAAUCAAACUGCCCAAAUAUUCCCUGCCUAAGGAUUUACACAUUGUCAGCACUGAUGAGAAGCAGGUAUUUGCAGCAGUGCAGGAGUGGAACCAGAACGACACCUAUAACCUCUACCUGUCUGACACCAGAGGGAUCUACUUCACCUUGGCCAUGGAAAAUGUUAAGACCACUAGGGGCAUCGGAGGGAACCAGAUGCUAGACCUCUACGAGGUGGCCGGAAUUAAAGGCAUGUUAAUCGCUAACAAAAGGCAAGACAACCAAGUGAAGACCUACAUCACCUACAACAAGGGCCGGGACUGGAGGCUCCUGCAGGCCCCUGCUACUGACCUGGACGGAAACGACAUCCACUGCAUACUGCCUUUCUGUUCACUUCAUCUCCAACUGCAAAUGUCAGAGAACCCUUACUUGUCAGGAACAAUAACCACCAAGAACUCUGCACCAGGGAUCAUAGUUGCCACAGGAAAUAUUGGAGCAGAGCUGUCUUACAACAACGUUGGCAUGUUCAUAUCAUCUGAUGCUGGCAAUAGCUGGAGACAGAUUUUUGAAGAGGAGCACAACGUGUGGUUUCUGGAUAAAGGAGGGGCCCUCGUCGCUGUGAAACAGCCAUCUGUGCCAACCAGACACUUGUGGGUCAGCUUUGAUGAGGGGAGGCAGUGGAACCAACACAGCUUCUCCUCUGUGCCGCUUUUCGUGGACGGAGUCUUGGUGGAGGCCGGGGCCGAGAACCAAAUCAUGACCUUUUUUGGACACUUCAGCCACCGUUCUGAAUGGCAGCUCAUCAAGAUCGACUACAAGUCCAUCUUCAGCAGGAAAUGCACAGAGGAGGACUAUCAGACCUGGCACCUACACAACCAGGGUGAGCCAUGUGUGAUGGGACAAAAACAGAUUUACAUGAAGCGCAGGCCUGGAAACUACUGCAUGCUGGGAAAAGAUUACUCCAGAAUCCUCUCAGCUGAGUCCUGUAUUUGCCGAGCUCAUGAUUUUGAAUGUGAUUAUGGAUAUGAGCGGCGUGGGGACGGGAACUGCCGGCCUGCCUUCUGGUUCAAUCCCUCCUCUGUGUCAAGAAGCUGCAGCCAGGGCCAAAACUACCUCAACAGCACAGGGUAUCGCAAGGUCGUGUUGAACAACUGCACUAAAGGAGUGAAAGAAAUGUACACGGCAAGAAAGCAGCAGUGCCCCAACAGAGCUCCUAAAGGACUCUUACUGACCACCAAAGACGGCAAACUCACUGCCAACCUGGGCAGCAACGUCACCUUUCUGGUGCAUCUGGAUGAGGGUGACUCUUUGCGGACUAACAUCCAGCUGGAUUUUGGCGACGGCACAGCCGUGUCCUAUUCCAACUUGAGCUGGACUGAGGAGGGGAUCAAGCACGUCUACAAGUCUGCUGGAAUAUUCCGUGUCACAGCGCUGGCAGAGAACACGCUGGGUUAUGACACCACCACACUCUUCCUGCAUGUCACAUGUCCAGUGGAGAACGUCCAGCUACUUGCUCCCUUUGUGGUCAUACGAAACAAGGAGGUGAACAUCACAGCAAUGGUCUUACCCAGCCACUCACGCACCGUCACCUACUUCUGGUGGCUAGGCAACAAUACAGAGCCAGUGAUAACAUUGGAUGGGAGUAUCUCAUACACCUUCCCAAGUGAGGGAAUGCACACUAUCACAGUCCAAGUGGCUGCAGCCAACACCAUACUGCAGGAUACCAAGACCAUAGCAGUCAAAGAAUUCUUCAAAUCUCUACUUUUAUCUUUCUCCCCUAAUCUGGACGAGUUCAACCCUGACAUACCAGAGUGGAGACAGGACGUGGCGAGAGUAAUUAAAAAGGCUCUGCUCCAAGUGUCUGACUUCCCAGAGGAGCAGUUCCUUGUAGCCGUGUUCCCUGGAGUUCCAACAGCCGCUGAGCUCUUCCUGUUACCUCACAAGAACCAAUCAGAGGGCAAGAAAAAGAGUGAGGAGGAGCUAGAGCAGGUGUCCGAUAUUAUUGUAAGCGCACUGAACCAAAAUCUGGUGGAGUUCGAGCUCAAGCCUGGUGUGAGGGUGAUUGUAUACAACACACAGUUAACACUGGCACCCUUGGUGGACUCCAACCCCAGACACAGCAGCUCGGCUAUGCUGAUGCUCCUAUCGGUCGUGUUCCUGGGCCUAGCAGUGUUUCUUAUCUACAAAUUCAAGAGAAAAAUCCCUUGGAUCAACAUAUAUGCUGAGGUGAACCAGGAGAAGGAGCAGGAGAUGAUUGGCUCAGUAGGCCAGGGCGACAGCACGCCUAAAAUCACUCUGAGUGAGUUCUCCACAUCCAAGGAACUCAUGGAAAAGGAACUGGAUUCCAGGGUCAAAAGGGGAGUCGGAAACGCCUGUGAGAGCACAAGGGAGAUUCCAAACUGUACUAGCGUGUAAGGCGGGAGAACGCGACGAGUUUAUGUACAGAGCGAAGUGUUACAAUGUUGGGGGUUCUCUUUUUUCUGUUUUGUAAUUCUCAACACAACUGAUGUUAAUAGUUUUCUAAGGGACCUCAUUUAUACAGACUUGCAUGGAUGUCUCGUUCAACAACAUCCAUGCAGCAAAUGUCAACUUACUCAAUGAGAUUAUUGUAAUUACUGGCAAAACUUACUCAGUUUUGUGGAUGUAUAAGCUACAUAACGACAUUCAUUUGCAGAGUGAAAUAUCUUUCGUUGAAACCUAUGAGGAGUUAUGUAAAUUUCCUAAUGAGUUUGCUUUGAAAAUCAUUUCUGCCUAUAUAUAGACUAUAAUGUCUGAGUCUUCAAUCAAACAGGGAAUAUUAUUGAAAUGUACAAUAUCAUCAUCUGUUCUGUUAAAUGUAUAUAUUAUUACUUUCUACAUGCUCGUAGUCUGAGUUACCAUGGCAACGACAGAAGAUCUCACAAUGGUCUGUUUUUGAAAGUGUGUUAAAAAGUCAAACAUUACUUAAAGAAAUCAACUUUGUUUUGCUAAGGUCCUUGACUUGUGCAUGUAGUUACUGAGGACACGAUUUCUGUGUUGUAGAUAAGCAAGUGUUGUAAAUAGUUAUUUUCUAAUCAUUCAUCAAAAGACCCCAAUCGAUUUUGCCUAGACUUCUGUUCGGCUCUUAUUUUCUUCAUUUACAGUUGGGUGAUAUUUAUCUAGAAGACAGUGUGUAUCUGUUAAGGCAGGUUGAUGCAGCAGAACUGUAUUGGCAUAUUACAGAUUUAACUUCCACCCAUUACCCGGAAAUUAAACGAAGAGAAUCAACAUGAACAUUAUCACGUUCAAUAUGUUUAUAUUUUCAUCAGACAUAUACAGUAGGUAUUGGAACAUUUUUACAAAGAUGACUUUAAAGCCUAGUCUAGUCAUGAAGUCUUUAAACUAUCUGAACCAAACAUUAUUUUGCCAUCAGCAUUACUGCUUUUGCCUCUGACUCAGUGGCUGUGAUUUGGCCUCAGAACAAAAGCUGAAUUACUAUGAAGAGGUUCCUUAUGUUGUGGCUACCAGUGAUCAAAUUCACAGUAUUCACAUGUUAGGAGAAAGAUGACGGCAUUCAUUCCAAUUCAUUCAUACUUACAUCCUCUAAAAUACCAGUCGGCCUAGUGUUGGUUCUGAUAACUGUUUUCAACGGAUGCUGGUUGAAAUCUGCCAAGUUGUGAUGCGUAUCUUUGGUUAAACUUUUUAAUCCUUCCCUCCUUUCAACCAGUCAGUCAGUCCACCACUUUGGUCCAGCAUGAAAUACCUCAACAGCUUCUGGAUGAAAUUUUGUCACAGACAUUUGACCUCCUCUGGGAUGAAUUGUAAAGACUUUUGUGAUCCCCAGUCUUUUCAUCCAGUGCCAUCAUCAGGUCAAAGUGUCCAGUGAUUUGCAUUUCAUUUAUGCAGCGCUGAUUAGCAAGUGUUAGCAUGCUAACACGCUAAUCGGUGAAAAUGAUAAGUAUAAACUUGUUUAACAUUAUCAUGUUAACAUCAUUGUGAGCAAAUUAGCAUGCUUACAUUAGCAUUUAGCUCAAAGCACUGUUGUGCUAACGUGGGCUACAGCCUCACAGAGCUGCUAACCUGGCUGUAAUACAUACAAUAGUCCUGUUCUUGUUUAUUACUUGGCAAAAGUAUGUGAAAAAACAUUUUAAGAAACAUGAGCAGACUUCUAAUUUUUAGCCGGCACUGGAAAUCGCUUUCAGCGGUACAAAUGAAAAAUAUCAGUGGCUGCAGAUUACAUCUGCUGUGGCCAAUUCAUAUUAAUUUAAAAAGUUACUUGACGACAAGCCAAAUUGUCUUCUGCCUCUUGGUUAAUGUGCUCUCUACAAACCAGUGCUGGUACUCAGCCAAAGAUUGGGAGGGAAAACAAAUCAUCAAUCUGUAACAGCACUUUAGGAUUGUGAGUUAACUGUUCUUUUGUAGUUCGACAAAACCAACAACAGUGGUGAGUCCUCUCCACUGAAACAGUCCUACUGAUCGCAUCGCAUCUAUUUCACUUUUCAUAAUCUCCCAUUUAAACCUGUUUGUUUAAGCUCAUCAAACUACUAUUUAAGAAUUGGACCUUGGUCACAAAGGUUAUUUUAGUGUGCCAGAUACAUUUCCUGCCAUCAGCCUGUGCACAUCAAUUAGACUUCCUUUAAAGUUGUUUCUGGCCUCUUAGCUAACAAAAUGUGAUCUAAUUUGAAUCUUUUAGUUUUAGUUAUUUAUAAAUCUAGUGACUUGUUCAUGAUAAAAAUGAAACCUCUUGGUAUGUAAUCCAAACUUAAGCAGGUCUAUAGCAUAUUGUUAUUUUAGAUGAUAUAGCAUUCCUUAUGUUUCAAGUCAACUGAAUGCAGAACAUCACAAAAUCUCAAUUGAAUUCAUCAGCUCAUUAUUAUUUUGUUCAUAAGUGGAUAUGGUGGUAAUUUGGGAUAAACCCCUUCAGUGCAGUGUUUCUUAUUUAGUCAGUUGCUCGGGGUUUUGAAGUGUCUGCUCCAUGCAGCAUGAAGAGUGUUUUUUCUUUUUUUUUUUUGUUAGUUAUCACAGACCUUCAUCAUUAUUUGCCCUCUCUGCACAAUCUGCACACUGCUAAAAUAGUCUCCCAAACAUUUUUCAUUCAUGUGACAAAACCAGAAUAUUGUCCCUAGUUAUAAAGACUGCAACAGUUUGUAUUCAUGUGAACAUCUCACAGUGUACAAGGAGAGCAGAUACAGUACAACCGAGCUGGGCUUACAGCAUUAACCCACCCCCCCUAGUGCCGUCAGACUCCCUCCACAACCAGAUUCACUCAUUUGAGGUGUAAACUCAAUGUGCUAUACAGUAGUGUCCUCCCAGCAUGCAACUCUCCACCGGUGCUGUGCUGUCCUCUCCGGUGGUUAGCGGGCCUCGAGUCGACCCACGUCGGCCUCGCAGUGUACGCCGUGAUGGUGAUCUCGUAAAAGCCAGAGCUGAGCAGAAUGCAGAGCUUUCCCACAAUGCUCGGCUCCAGUAAAAAACAGCAGUUGCAGGAGAAGUGGGGGGGUCAGGGGAACACUGCGCUGAGAUGUGGGCUGUCACAUCACGUAUGCAUUACCUCGAACCGAGUAUUCUCAUCUCAAACCAAACAGCCGAGCCGAGCCUUGUUACUGCAGACAGAACACACAUUGAACAAAGAUUGUUUUAAAGCUUUGUUGUAUUCAACACAUGUCAUAAGCAAAGGGUUGUUUGCUUGGCUGGAUUUUGUUUGGGUGGGGGCUUUGAUGGCGUCACUUUGUUCUGAUUCUUAUUAUCAAAGCAGGAUUAGGAGAAACAGAAAAAGAAAUAUCAAAAAGUUUGUGCUGCUCACAUCUAUAAUCAUACUUUUAUUGCAUUUUUUAUUUUCUUUUUUUUUUACUCUUGGACCCCUUUGAAAUUGUGAAGAAUGUAUGAUGACUACAACCAGACCAUAAUGCUUUGUAGCAGCUGUUGCCGGCUAAGGGUUUGCCAUUCCUUAAAAGUCUAAAGAAAGUAAAGAAUAGCUACUAAAAUUGUUGUGCUUUUUAUCUGCACACACACACACACACUGCAACUGUCACCAGUGAAAGAAACUCGUAUCCUUUGGGUAAUUUCCUCAUGUUUACUUCCUCAUUGUUCACUCAAUCAAACAUUUUGAUCACUGGAAAUCACUGUCUCAUCCGUUAUCCUAAAUGCCACAUUAUACUGUAAGACCCAGACCUCCGGUGGGAAUCCACACCUGAAAAAUAAAAGAGAUUCUUGCAUUUGUGAUCUUUCAGAGGGCAAAAGCACUGUAAUGUUCUUCAGUACACAAAAAAAAAUCUGCAAUGCAUGCAUCAUCAGUAAUGUUCUGUUUCAUCUUUAUUUCGAUAUUUCUACGGUAAAGAAGCUGUCAUUUUGAAAUUGUUUCAAAUAAAUGUAUUUUUGUACAUCAA